GAUUUUUGUUUCAUGCGCAGCUUUUGCGUGUACUAUGGCGUUUUGGUCAGUAAGAAGUUCUUAUCAAUCUAAAAUCAUUAUGAGUUGGAGUCGUUUAUAACGUGCAUUUAAAAAAGCAACACUCGUUAAACAAAAUCAUUCUUUAUUAUCAUGAAAAUACCUGAAACAAUCUGAAGAAAGGCGAUAUAAAUAUUCCUAUAGACAUUUCCAUAGCAUUUGUAAUGCUACUUCUUCUGUGGCACAAUUGGAGUUUCUGCACGAGAGCGCCCCCUGGCUUUUGGAUGUGCCCGGAUUUCACCGUAAUUCAUUCAAAUUCAUUCAUUGAGAAAACGCGCGUUUGCUAUACUAAAGGAAGCUUCAUUCUUAAGCAUCAUGCCAACUGUAAUUGAACAUAAUGAAGUCACCGCCAUUUCAUAUACCGAUAGGUGCUACAUUUUGCAAAUUUUUUGUAACAUUUUUUGUGAAAUACUGAUGUGUUAUUUCCAGGGUGAUUUGCUGGGGGGGGGGUAUUCCCCCUUUGGUCUUUAUAUCUCUGCCUCUGAUGAAUUCAGUUUAUCCCAUGAUUAAUGGUCAUGAAACGGCCAAAUAAAUGGCCUAAAAUAUAAAUUAAUUUAAUAUUAGUAAAAACGCUGCCACGCAAUAAUGCAAAAAAACCCCGUAAAAUCAGGAAUGAAGUAUUACUGUCAGCACUUCCGUCAUCAAACAGACUAUUUUUUUAAGGCCCAUCCCAAUACCUCCCCUUCCCCUUCAUUUUUGCCCUCGCUUUUGCGUGUACACGUGUAGGGCGUCCCAUUACAUUAGGGAGCAAGACAAAGUGCUAUUUUCCCCUUAGAAUCAACCCUCAAAAUGUAGUCAGGACCGAUGCAGGCUUAAAACGAAGUGGGAGAUCAAAUUACCCAGGAUACCUUGCAAGCUCAGCGAGCUGGCCAAACUUUCCGACCAAGAUGGCGGACGCCGCUGGAAAAGUGUUUGUGUUUAUCGACACAAACAACAGGUAAUGUUAGGCUAGUUGUAGUUGGGCUAGCGUUAAAUCAUCAACAGCUGAGUUGAACAUAAUCAUAAGUCAAAAUAUUUAAACAAAUCGACAUACCUGAAACAAAUCCACAAGGUCAAGUAGACGCCGAAUGAUGCUUCUGCUUUCCACGUGUCGUCUCUGUUAAUUAAGCAGCCGUAAAUAAAUUAAAACAGCCAACGCAACAAGCAACACAACCGCUGGACCCGGCAUUUUCCUGAAUGAUGAAAAUAGUAGUAGGCUACUACCGGUAGACGCGUUGACGCUGCGCGUGACGUAGGUGAGCACGUUCGCUACGCUACUUUCUAUAUAAUGGUUUCCCAACAUCCACUUGCAGUUUUAGUCCACAAACAUAUUACAUUGAUGGAAAUAUUGAUAUUCCAUCGGAUUUUGUAUAAAAUAAUCCUCAAUCCAUGUUGUUAUUCAAUAAUUGUGCACGCAGCGUGAUUCUACUAUGGAGAAGGCAUAACGUUACUCGAUCAGGGCAGAUUCAAAUUCUUCUCCGUUUUCAGCGGUCUCCAUCUUUCAAAGGCAUCUCCUAUACAAAUCCUUGUUUUAUUUAAGACUUUCACGACAUAUUUCGGAUUCAUAACAUUAGAGAUUUUUUAUCCGACAUGUUCGUAGCUGCAGCUGUGGUAAUUAGAGCAGAGUUGGCAACCUGUAUGCCGAAACACUACUGACUUCGUGAUUGGUAGAUAGAAGGAGGGUGGCGCAUCAGACCAAAACACUACAUGACAACAUAAACAUCAGUUGAGGGCUGCAACUCCACUUUUUAAAAGACAAUAUCCUGUCCGGACCACUGUUGUCAGCGUUAUAAGUAUUUGAAAUGAAGAUGAUUUCUUAAUGUCUACUGACAUAGCAGGGCCAUUUUAUGAUUAAUUGAUAUACAUUUCUUACAUACUGUUCCUUUAAAUUUAAAUUUGGCCACCCCAAAAGCCCAUUUCUAUCAAAAAUUACAAAAAUGUAAAAACCCGUUUAUUUCUGCAUUAAAGGCCUCCUGCAACAACACAUAACAGGUGAACAAAUGUUUUUCUACUUUUGGGACCUUCAGGGUUUACAUUUUACACAAGAAAGCAAUUUAACUAGAAAGCAUCUCCUGUUUACUUUGUAUCGGAGGAUUUGCCAAGGAAAGAUGUAUGGUAACUUUAAAUAUUUGCAUUCACAAAGACUGAGACUGAUCUUCUGAUUGGUCAACGAUUUUCUGUUUUGUUUGUUUGUUUGUUUUUUGUUCCUAUAUAACAAUAUAUCUGAGGGCGUGUGAUGACAUUUUUGUUGACUUCUGCUCAACAAGGUUGUAUUGUGUAGAUCUUGUGUAGAGAAAUGAAGGCAACUGUUUCUAUAUAUCUGUUCCUGUGCCUCUGUGGACUGAGCUCCGGUUUCUACAGAAGACACUUCUAUGUGAAAGACCAAAUGAACUGGAAUGAUGCGCAGACGUACUGCAGACGGCAUUAUGAUGACUUGUCCACUACUACCACACAAGAGAUAGAGAAGCUCGCAAGUAUUCCUGAGAUUUCACCAGUUUGGGUUGGAGCAUACGAAAAUCCUGCAAACCCCUCAGAAUGGAUUUGGUCUGGAGGUGAAAAACAACCAGUUGAAAAAUGGAACACUGAUGAACCAAACCAUUUGAAUACUGAGAAAUGCGCUCUUAUAGGGAAUUCUGGACUGACCAAUAUUCCGUGCGAUAGGACUUUGUCAUUUUGUUGUAUGGACUACUAUGAAACGAUAGUGGUACAUGAGAGUAAGACAUGGGAAGAGGCUCUGGACGACUGCAGACAAAACUACAUUGAUCUUGUCAGUAUCGCCUCUGAGAGGAAUAUGGCAGAGGUGAUAAAAAACAUCACAACAUCACAGACGGCUUAUGUAUGGACUGGACUACGGUUUUUAGCUGGACAUUGGUUCUGGGUCAGUGGUGAUGAUGUUGCAUAUAAAGCCUGGUCUGCAGAGGGGGAGCUCCAGUGCCCUGCCAAAAAUCUCCAGUGUGGAGCUUUGGAUAUAGUAAAUAAGGUUUGGAAACCUAGAGACUGUGAGGAGAAAUUAAACUUUGUCUGUGUUAGGAAUUAAAUAAACUCUUUGAAAUAGAUAGUUUAAAAUAUUGCAAAAAUGUAUGGUUAUAGAUAAUGUGUAAUGUUUUUCAGUUAUUCAUGCACUGUAAAAAAAAACGCAGCGUUUUAUGUUACUUUAACUUUUAAAAAAUUUAGUUAAUCAAUUUAAACUUAAUUUUAUAAAUUAUGUCAACGUAUUACAAGCCAAAACUUAAAAUAGUAGGUUGAAAUGACUGCAAAACUAAGUUGUUUUAACCUAACACUGCAUUUUUUUUACAGUGUGGGUGCAAACUGUAAAAUGCCUUAUAAAAUUAUAUUAAUAUGCUGAUGAAGACAUACUCUCUCUAUUUUACAUUUAUUACAAUACAUUUUCUUGGUGUAUUUACUGCUUUAUUUAGUGUUAAAUAAAUUAGCACACGGUUUGAAUACUGCCGAUGAUGGCAUAACAUUGUUAUUUAGGUAUCUUUAAUGGAAAGGCACUUCUUUUAGGUUUCUUGUCUAAUUGGACAGAUUGGCCAUUGCAUUACAUUUACAUUUUUAUGUUAAACUUUGGGAAAUAGGCUGACUUUAAAAAAAUAAGUUAUGCAUAUUGAUAACUUGAGUGAAUUUAACUUAAACAUUACAGCUCUUCCAACAUUUUAAUCACAUUCAAUU